AUGUUAAUUUUUAGAAAAUUAUUAAAAUUAACUACACCAAAACGAUACGCAAGUGCGUCAACGAUAUAUGCCCUUAGCUCGGCUUAUGGCAAAUGUGGUGUUUCAGUAAUUCGAGUGUCAGGGCCGCAGACCAGAAAAUGUCUCAGUAACAUUGUCGGUAGCGUAAAACUUAAAGAACGACAUGCACAUCUUAAGGCUUUAUAUCAUCCAAAAACCAAUGAGAUGAUUGAUAAAGGCUUAGUUCUAUGGUUUCCUGGGCCAUCGUCUUUUACGGGUGAAGAUUGUUGUGAGUUUCAGGUUCAUGGAUCGAUUGCUGUAAUAUCUGCAAUGCUUGACGCAUUAAGUCAUAUAUCCGGUCUCAGACCGGCAAAUCCUGGUGAGUUUACAAAAAGGGCAUUCUUUGGGAAUAAACUUGACCUGACGGAAGUUGAAGGUUUAGCUGAUCUCAUUCAUGCAGAAACAGAGGCUCAAAGAAAACAGGCUUUACAACAAAGCAACGGCUCUCUUUCCCGCUUAUAUGACAACUGGAGAAAACGCCUGAUACGCUGUGCAGCACAUUUGGAAGCGUACAUAGACUUUGGUGAAGACGAAAAUAUUGAGGAAGACAUUGUUGUGCAACUUUCGAAGGAACUAAAGAACUUACAAAAAGAAAUUACUGUACAUUUGAAUGACCAGAGACAAGGCGAAAUGCUAAGGGAUGGAGUUCGCACCUGUAUAAUUGGAGCACCAAACGUAGGCAAAAGUAGUCUUCUAAAUUAUUUGUGCCAAAAGGAUGUGGCGAUUGUAUCACCAAUAGCUGGCACAACGCGCGAUGCAAUUGAGUCAACAUUAUCAUUCGGCGGUUAUCCAGUGCGUAUUGUUGACACUGCCGGGCUCAGAUCGUUUACGACCGACACCAUUGAACAACAAGGCAUUCUAAAAACCAAGAAGAGUGCAGAAGAUGCCGAUCUUAUUCUUCUAAUAACGGAUGCCGCACAUUUUAAACGAAUGAAUUCAUUUACAGGAAGUAGGAUUGAAUCUUAUUGCCUUGAAUAUUUAAAGGAACUCGAUUUGGAUCAAAAUAUCUUUAGAAAAAAACGCGUGCAACUUAUUGUGAAUAAAAUUGAUAUUCUCUCGAAGGAAGAAGUUCAGGCAUUGACAAAUUUACCCAAUGUUAUUGGGAUAUCCUGUAAAGAAAAUUAUAACAUGCUGGAUUUCAUGGCCAGGUUGGAGAAUAUACUUAGAGAACUUUGUGGGUCCCCCUUAGCAGAAGCACCACGUUUAACACAUGCACGAUAUCGUGUACAUUUAGAACGUUGUAUAGAACAUAUUAAAGAAUUUCUAGAAGAAUACUCUCCAGACGUGUUUCCAGACAUGGCUAUUUCUGCACUAAAACUACGAAAUGCGAUUAAAGAUAUUGAGCGAAUUACAGGUCAUGUUAGUACAGAUGAUAUAUUAGAUGUAGUAUUUAAAGAUUUUUGUAUAGGAAAAUAA